GGAGGGGCAGGUGACUCUUUUUCACUUGACACAGCCAAGCUGUCAUUCCUGUUGACUUCCUAGAGAUGUCAUUUGUCCAAAAGCGCUGAGGGUUUUGACGCCCACCAUGGCUAUCACACAGUUUCGGUUAUUUAAAGUUUGUACCUGCCUAGCAACAGUAUUCUCAUGCCUAAAGAGAUUAAUACGCAGAUCUGGCAGAGGACGGAAAGUAAGUGGAGACCAAAUAACUUUGCCAACUACAGUUGAUUAUUCAUCAGUUCCUAAGCAGACAGAUGUUGAAGAGUGGACUUCCUGGGAUGAAGAUGCACCCACAAGUGUAAAGAUGGAAGGAGGGAAUGGGAAUGUGGCAACACAGCAAAAUGCUUUAGAGCAACGGGAACCUGACUAUUUUAAGGACAUGACACCAACUAUAAGGAAAACCCAGAAAAUCAUUAUUAAGAAGAGAGAACCAUUAGCUUUUGGCAUCCCAGAUGGUAGCACAGGUUUCUCUAGUAGACGAGCAGCUACACAAGAUAUGCCUUUUAUUCAUCAAUCUCCUGAAUUAGGUGACUUGGAUACCUGGCAGGAAAAUACCAAUGCAUGGGAAGAAGAAGAAGAUGUGGCCUGGCAAGCCGAAGAAGUUCUGAGGCAGCAGAAGAUAGCAGAGAAAAGAGCAGCAGAACAACAAAGGAAGAACAUGGAAAAGGAAGCACAGCGGCUAAUGAAGAAGGAACAAAACAAAACUGGUGUGAAACUUUCAUAA